AUGAGCAGCGGGGAGAGUAAUAUUUUGGAGUGAUGGAAGUAUCAGUAUCAAGAUACUGAAUUGCAGCAACCGGAUCUAGCCAAUCACCUAACGGUCCCAACAAGAGAAGAAGUUAAUGAGACCAUUAAGCAAUUAGGGAGCAGGAAGACUGUGGGCCCUGGCAAUUGCUGGUUGAACUUAUCAAGAACGGGGGAGAACUGGUUGAAAAGGUUUUAUUUAAGCUAG